UCAAAGACCCGAAUUAUUGAUUCAGUUGGAAUAAUGUCUGCGACUUGGCUGACGCUCUUGUUCACGGCAUGGCUUUUGGGCGAAUGCCAGAGCAGUUUGCCGGAUGAAUUUGCUCCGCCGGCGACAAGUCACGAAGCCGGCAAAGUCAACAAUGUCACGCUGACUCCGCCGCCAGGACUCGGCGUCGUCGCGCAGGGGAAACAGGACUUCGACCGGGACCGGGACCCGGACCGGGACUUGGACCAGGACCCACUGACACCACAUGCGGCCUCAUCGUCGCAGCGGAAACUCUCGAGAGGCAAGCGCUUUGUGGCCUUUCCCCAGGGUUCAUCAGCAUCGGGAGCUGUCUGUCUGACCACCGGUGUUAUUGGCAACCCCAACCUGCUGUACCUCAGUUUGGGCAUCAAUUGGGGCGUUGCCUACGACCUGCCCAAUGUCACCUGGGUGCUGCAGAAUGCCCACGGGUGGACCACAAAGAAGUCGGCCCAGGCGCAAAUCAAGCGCAGACAUCGACGUGAGCUCUAUGGCCGCCUGGAGACAAUGAUAGACAGCAUGGGCUACAAUGGACGUGACUGCAUCCUAAGAACCCUCUGCGAAAGUCGCCAGUACUUCCAGCGCACCAAGAUGAGCAUGGUGGGCGAGAUGCUGCGUACCAUAUUCAGCUUGCCAAAGCAGAGGAUUUUCACCCGGGAACUGCACGAGAAUGCGGACAUAGUGCACUACGAUCAGGCAUAUCGGAAUGCCCAUUCCGACGACUGCACCCAGUACAACUGCCACUUCUCCUUGCUGGAGCUGGCCUUUGGGAAAUACACCACACCGCCGAAAAAUUAUUACGCCUAAUAAAUAUCCGAUUCCUAAAAGU